GGUGGGAGAGUCUUCUCUUUCAACACUCAGCAUUGAGCGACCAUAGCAGCCGUCGUGGCGGCCGCCUCUCACCCUCCCACGCCCCGCUUUCAAUAACUGACAGCGCACUGCUGAUGCGCUCAGCCGCCACCGCUCCCUGCUUCCUCACACCACCGCUGAGAGCUCGCAUUCUCACCGGGGCUUUCCUGUCAUUAUCACCGCGCAUCUCGCACACCCUGGACUUCAUAAUAAGCCACACAAUAGUCCUUUUACCCUCCGUUUCUUAAUGACGGGCGGUCGGUUCGACUUUGACGAUGGUGGCACCUACUGCGGAGGCUGGGAGGACGGCAAAGCCCACGGCCAGGGUGUGUGCACCGGACCCAAGGGCCAGGGCGAGUACUCAGGCUCGUGGUCCAACGGUUUCGAGGUGGUUGGCAUCUACACCUGGCCCAGCGGCAACCUGUACCAAGGCUACUGGGCGCAAGGGAAACGCCACGGACUCGGCGUGGAAACCAAGGGGAGGUGGAUUUACCGGGGGGAGUGGACUCACGGGUUCAAGGGUCGGUACGGAGUCCGGCAGAGCCUGAACAUACCGGCCAGGUACGAGGGCACCUGGAGUAACGGACUUCAGGACGGAUAUGGCGUGGAGACAUACGGUGAUGGAGGUACGUACCAGGGUCAGUGGACUGGUGGGAUGCGUCAUGGAUAUGGCGUGCGUCAAAGUGUUCCAUACGGUAUGGCCUCUGUCAUCCGCUCACCUCUACGAACUUCACUGUCUUCCCUCCGCAGUGAGCAGAGUAAUGGUACAGUACUGCGUGACAGCCUAUCUGACAGCCCUGCUGGUACACGAGGUGGAUUUGUACUCAACUUCCACUCAGACGGAGAAGGUUCAGAAAAAAAGAAGGGACUUUUUCGCCGUGGCUCCCUCUUUGGGAGCCUUCAGAGACUACGCAAAUCAGACUCACGCUCAUCGAUUUCCAGUAAACGCAGCUCAGCACACAGUGACACCACCAUGAGCCGCAUCAGUUCAAGUGAUGCCAACUCAACUAUCAGCUAUGGAGAUGGAGACUUGGGUGAUGAUUACCUGCCUCUGGAGGACAAUGUGGAUGCCACCACCACUGAGUCUUAUAUGGGAGAGUGGAAAAAUGACAAGCGCAGUGGCUUUGGUGUCUCUGAGCGCUCCAAUGGCAUGAAGUACGAAGGCGAGUGGUUGAACAAUAAGCGCCAUGGCUAUGGCUGCACUGUCUUUCCUGAUGGCACCAAGGAAGAAGGAAAGUACAAGAACAAUGUGCUUGCCCGGGGCAUCAGAAAGCAGCUGAUCCCACUGAAGAACACCAAGACCAAACAGAAGGUGGAUCGAGCUAUGGAGGGAGCAGUGAGAGCAGCAGCUAUUGCCAGAACUAAAGUAGAGAUUGCCAUCUCCAGGACUGCCCAUGCCCGGGCCAAAGCAGAGGCUGCAGACCAGGCUGCACAGUCAGCCAGUCAGGAUUCAGAUAUUGCCAGAGCUGUGGCCAGAGAGCUUUCCCCCAGCUUCCAUCAGCCAGGUCCUGACUACAUACGGCAGAAGUAUACUGAGCCAGUAGAUGUGAAGGAGGGUGCUGAGGAGGAGAAACAGGAGAAAUCACCAUCAGGGAGUCCUCAUUUUUACCGGAAAGGCACAACACCCAACCAGUCUCCAUCUCAGAGCCCAGGUCCCAGCCCCAGUCCUUCACCCACUGUUAUGAAAAAGUCAUUUUUCAGCAGUAAAACUUCUGCCAGCAUUGCUCCAGCAAAGCCUACUGGGACAGAGAACAAAACCCAAACAGCUGAUUCUUUGACAGCAGGCAUAACAAAGGCAGCAUCAAAACUUUCUCUCAGACAGGAAGUGAGGCAACAGGAGGCUCUUCCAGCUGUCAAACCAGCUGUUACCACAACACUCAGCAGUUACCCCAGCAAUGGGCAGAUUCACUCCCAGUACCACGGUUACUAUGUCAAGGCAGAUGUCAAGAUUCCGCCUCCAGAGGAACCAAGUAGUGUGGAGGAUGACCUUCACCCAUCAAGUCUUGCACGCUUGCCGCCACCUGCCAAACAGAUUUGGGCACCAGCUUUAAAAUCCCUGCCAGCCCCCAACUCUUCACCAGAGAGCACCAAACCACCAGAACCUCUCAAGCCAAAAAAACAGGAAUCAACCAAACCAAAGAGCCUCGCAGAAACCAAGAAAGCUAGUGUGGAAAUACCCCCAGAAAUUGUAGAAGAGGAAUCAGGUCCGAACUCGAUCUUGGUGGCACUAGUGAUGCUGUUGAAUGUAGGUCUAGCUAUCAUUUUUGUCCAUUUCCUCACCUGACCAAAUCCGAACUCAGUGGACUCAUCCAAACUAGUCGCCCAAGUUGCUAACUCUCCAUCACCAAAGAGGCCUUUAAAAAAAUGGUGCCCCUCAAAAUGGCAGACACGGCCAAAAGAAGGACUGAAAAUAGACGAGUGAAGGAAGAGAAGAAGUAAGAAGUUGGGGGGGGGGGGGGGGGGGUCACAUGGAGCAGAGAGAAGGAAAUAAGCAGAAAGAAAUAUGAAACCUCCUCUACCACCCACCUCCCCACCCCCUUUCUCUGGAUGGACUGGAUGACUGUCUUUGGUGCCCGAGUCCAACUUGGCUGGACUAGUGGUGAUUUGUGACUUCACUUAGGGUGCAUUGAAAGCUGAAGCAAGCAGUUGCUGGUUGGAGAUGGGCCGCUGAGCCCCAACUAUGGAUUCUCUAUCAGGCUUAGAAAUAACAGAAGGCCUGGAGAGUUGAAUGAAUGUGAGUGGGUGUGAGGCCUAGCAUCUCUACUGCCUAUAAAUGCCUGCAAUGUGUGUGUCUGUUUGAAGCUCCAUUUCCAUCCAACUGUUCAGCAAAGUUGAAGCUUUGAAAUGCUGCGAUAAAAAGUUUGUACGUCAUGUAGCUGAGUGAAAGAGAAUUUGUAUCAUGAAUGAUCUACCAGAAGAAUGGAGAGUGCCUUUACAUUGUUGAUUAAUAAUGGAAAAGUAAUUAUUGCCAGUGUUGGACAUACACCAUGUUAAUAAUUGAACUACCAUCAGAUAGGCUACCUCCAGUUUGGAUAAACAAUAGCACAUUUGCAGGUUGUGGCAAUCAGAAAGCCAGUGUUGUACUGUAGUGCACUUUAGUUAAACUGUUCACCAGGGCCUUUCUUAUUCAGUCAAUCCUGCCUUUGAGCCGCCAUCUGCUGCAUAAUGUGAUCAAUAAGAAACAAUGCUCUGCUUCAAGUGAGCCUGAAGAAGAUUUUGCAGAGGACUUUUUGUUGAAUCUUGCUGCUUUAACUUGUCUCCCACAUCAAAAUCCACAAAAUUAUUUGGAUGGAAACCAAGUUUGUGUGUAUUUCAGUGUAUUUUACACGUGUCUGCUUCAGCUGUCUGUGUGUGUGUGUGUGUGUGUGUGUGUGUGUGUGUGUGUGUGGGCAGGGGGGGACUGGAUAUGUUCAGAGAUACAUUUGAGCUGAUGGAAGUCAACAGCUGCCAUGCUAUUUUACAGAGUGACGUGGUGGUGGGUGAGAAGGGCCCAGGCAGGAAUGCAAAGCGCUCAGCUUGUUCUCCCUCUGCCAUGUCCUAAGAGAGUGGCUCUAUUUCUAUCAGUCUGUCUACUGAUCUGUUCAUAUCUGUUUUUAUCUGUGUCUAUGGGUCUCAGAGCCUGCCAUUUUAUAUACCACAUCAGGUGCACAUUAGACAAUCAGAGGGAUUUAUAACACUUGUAAAACAUAUCCACAGCCUCGUAGUUUUUAAAAAGGUUCAUUGCAUUCACUCUGUGUUAUUCCAUAGUGCAUUUCCUACUUGCAGUCUGGUGUCAAAGUCUUUCAGUUAGUGGAUGAAAGAUUGUUUUUGACAUGACCUUCACUGAUACUUAGCAAUGAACUAUAAAUUUACAUUUCUAUAUUUCUUACACAGUCUGAGUUUAAUUUAACACUAGCUCAUGUAUCCUUGUGAUAGAACAUGGAGUAUGAUAGCUGUAUAUACCAUAUUAGAUUUUCUUUAACUCAGCCAAGUUCAAUACAUUUCGAUAAACUCCCUGAAUUUGUAAGGUGUAAGCUAAACUCUCUGCUUGAACAUGUUUCAUGGUCAAGUUCAGUUGUGUUAUUGUCGUAAUGUAGUUUUGUAACAAUUAUUCUGAUGAGUGCCUGAGAAAUUGGAGAACAGUGCACUGUAGAUACAGAUAGUAAACACUACAUAACUUCUUUAUGUCUGAAAGAAUUAGGAAGUUAUCACCAGGUCAUUACGAUAAGACGCACACAGUGGAAAUAAACACAACUGAAAUUAUGAAUGACAGUCACAACUGAAUGUUACAGGAUACUUGUUGAAUGCCUGGGUUGGAUUGUCACCCCUUUUCCACCAACAUGGAACAGACAGUUGUUUGAGAGUUUGUUUUCAUUCUUCCAGAUCACAACAAAAGGUAGAAAUGUACCAUAGUUGCAUGUGUAAUUCAUGUUCAGAGUUGUAAUAUGAAGAGAGAUAAAAGGUGUGCAGCCAUCAUCAGCAAAUUUGCAGUUAUGCAUGUGCAAAGCACGAGGCUUGAUUCCCUGGGCGUAGAUACUGAAUAACUGGGUCCAUGUCAUUGGUUCGACAGCCCAUUGGUUCGACAUCCCAUUAGUCCGACUGUCCACGGUGCUGAACGGCUCGCGGCGGGCGUAUGGUGCGCUGCGACCAGCUUGAGGCGGAGCAGGCUCACGGCUUAUGUGUUUGUCACUUUCUUUUUCAUUUUAACCCACACCAUGAUCUUUUCCUGACCCUAACCAAGUGGUUUUUGUGCCUAAACCUAACGAGACCUUAACUACAGGGCAUCAUGAUGAUUUGGGAACGGACUUAGGAACAAUGAGUUUAAUAUGGUCGGAACAAUGGGAUGUCGAACCAAUGGGCUGUCGGACCAAUGGGCAGUUCCUGAAUAACCCAGAGAACAGGACUGAAACAGAGCAUAAACAUGGUGUAAAGCUGCUCUUUUAUACACAAGGUCUCAAACUCCUUUUCCACAAUAUUACCUAAGUUACCAUGAUGACCAUGUACUGCACUAGUGAAAUGAAUCUUCAAAGGUACUGACCUAGAGAGGAGUGCUGUUAAGCGUCUCACACUGUGCAGUGACACACACUUCCACUGGUGUCUGUGAAGUGUACCAGUAUCCAAAAACAGUUGAUCCAUAAAUGACACAGUACUUGCUACUAUUCAUUUUUGUUUAAACUAUAUGUUAUAUAGCGUACUACAUAGUGGAAUAUGCGAACCCUUAAGGACAGCUAUGCUUGUGAUUCAUUUUUAGUUAUAGUUCAAUACUCUGUAUGUUAGAACAACAAGCCAAUAUGUCAACAUGUCAGUGGUUGAUAGACUGUAUUUUAUGGGUUUGUAUUUUACAAACAAUUUCUAUUAAGUUAUGGCUCUGUCCAGGAAACUUCUCAGAAAAAUAAUUAGGAAUUCACUAACAUGAAAAAUAAAGCAUUACUGUGAUGGGAUAGAUUUUAAUAUAUACAGUGUACAGUCAGGUAUACCUUCAACAACAUGUAUUAUUGUAUUGUUAAUUGUAAUCGAUUUGUUUUCUAGUUAAUAAAUUUACAUUCUGUGGAUUGUAUCUGCAGAUUAAUUCGAUCAGUUAAUGAUUGCUCACAUUCAGAUCUAGAUUCAUGGGUUGGAUGAUGUUGAUAACUUUGCCUCAUCAUCAUCAUUUUAAAUUCACAUCUGGGACACUACUGCUUAUGGCUUGUUUGCAAUCACAUGAAUAUAUGAUGCACAAUAUUUAGAUGGAGAACAGGAAGUAAUAAAUCCAUACACUGUGUGAAUCGGAAAUAGAAUUAAGUGACAACAUAAAAGGGUUAGAUGAACCUGCAGAGAGCAGGUAUGGUCAGAAAAUUGAAACUCAUGUUGGACGUAAGCCUGAAAAAAAAAAGAUAUUUCACACAAUUUGAACGAUUUGCCUGGAGUGAACAGUGUUACUAACAUUACAUGGUUAGCUAGUGAAAGCGUACAAGAAUCCAGUGGACUAUAACUAAUUUGUCAGUUUGGUGUGCAGAUGCAUCUACGACUGAAAUAACUGCUGUCGUUUUUGGUCGGGUGCGUGAAUGUGCUUGAUUGUAACUGUCUUUAUAUUUCAUCUCUGUACAUGGAUGCGCUGCUGUCAGGCUAACGUUACUAGUUGAUGUUAGCUAACUUUCGCUACUGUUUUCUACCUACUAGGUCAGCUGUUUCCAGAGGUCUAGAGAAAUGCUGUUAUUAAUCUGGGCCAGGACUAACAACACAGAAAAGUUGUCAAAGCACAUUGUAAUUGCAUCCAACUCGUGGCAUGUUUAACACAAUGUUAUAACGCUAACAUGACAUUAGUUGACUCAGCUCCUCCAGUCCUCCAGACUUAAGAGGUUUUUGAUCCUCCUCUGCCGCUGUUUCUCAAUGACUCAUUUGUUUUCACUUCUCCACUUUACGUCCUACUAUUUCCAGUACUUAAAGUAAUUUGAUCGAUUUGUUACAGUCGUAAACAGUGUGGAUUCUAAGCAUUUGUGCGAGCAAGUGUUGGUUGUCUUUGCGUCCAGUUUUCUACCCUCCAUCUGGACAGCAUAGUGAUGUAUAACCUCAUAUGCAAAGAAGCUAUAAGAAUAGUGCAAUAAUUGUUCCAGACCAAGAAAGGUUCCCUGGAAAUGUUGUUUGUCCUAGAAUAUGAUACUGAACAGUAUAUGAAUAUGAACAGUUCUCGUGAUCGUAAUUUUAGUCUCAGACAAGUGGCGAAUAAUUUGCAUAACCCACUCAGACAUGUAGGUUUAAGACAAAGAACAGCAACUGUCGAAGCCAAGAGUGAGAUUAGCUUUCAUUUGUAUUUGAGAACUGCAUUUCUCAACAGUAUCAGCUUUGAGAGCAUUAUAUUUUGAGUUAUAUGUCAUGAUUUUCCAGAUGUUUUUAAUUUAUUUGAAGCUGCUGGUGUGCAUAUGAUGGUUGCAAAAUAAAGUUUUUACUCUUUGAAAUCAGCCACUAACAGGCAUGAUGCUGUGUUGAAUAUUUGUAUGUAUUUGGAUGCAAGGUCUUAAAUCUGUUUCCACCCUAAUUACAGGAUUUAGUGUAACUUAUUUUUUGUUAUAAUAUGAUUGUGGUGGCUAUUUUUAGCAUGAAGAUAGAAGUUGGUUUUCUUUUGUUAGUUUGGAUGUCAGAACAAAGUCUGCGUGUUCAGUCAGACAGAAAUCAGAGUUUGGAAUGGACUGCGGAGGUUAAAGUCAGUAUUUGAAACUCCUUUGCAACCUCAGUCCUAACAAGGCUGCAAUGUGGUGCCUACGGUGCAUUUUUAGAGUAACAACAACAAUAUGUUGAUUUUUUUGUUCUUUAAGGCAGGAUGGACCCUCUAGCAAUACAAUGGCAAACCUUUUUGCAUAAGGUCUUAAAUAUCAUGUAACAUAAGACACAUAAUACAUAGAGAAUUUUCACUGAAAAUGUGGUGUAUUGGAGCCUUGUACACAUCUAAGAUUGGUAAACAUUAAAGAGAUUUUCUUUUUCCAGUUUGAGGGUCUGGGAAUUCCCAGUUGACAGCUUCUUAUCAAAGCUAGGUUCCACUUUGCAUUGACCUAUCACCAGAAAGUGACCUUUCAGGGAAUAAAUUAAACGAAAAGCAUUACAGCAAGUGGAGUUUAGCCUAAAGGUAUUGCUAAUUGCUUGUAUUUAGGGAUGUGUAUUAUAAAGAAGGAUGCUUUGUAUUGUACGUAGAAGCAACAAAGAUCUGAGAUCAGGUGCAGUCAGACAGCAGAUGAACAGCAGACCUUAGGUUGAUUAUGUGUUAGAAUCUUUCUCACUUGAAUUUGUUGUCAUUGUUGUGGAAGAAGAUGGUGUGGUGUUGAACGCCUGUUGUCUGUGCUUCAGUGUCUGCAGUUAUAUGGCUCUUGUGAGUGGUGCUAUGCUAUUGUAAAUGGAACACUGGAGCUUAAAUGUAUUGUAAUAAGUGAAAAGAAUCAGCAUUAUGGUAUCAAAACACAUAGUUCACAUGCAAAUGCAUUUAAAUGCGUACCACAAUCCUACAGCGUGUACUCCAUGUUUAAUUCGCAGCUGUUGUUACAGAAAAUAACAUGAUUCUCAUCCCGAAAACUUUCUAUAGAUGUAACAUCCUGUCUCAUUGUAUUAAGUGAUAUGCAGUGUUAAGGCCUUCAAAUGAAUAGACAGCAUUUCAGCUUGCCAUUUUAGCAACAUGAGCACACAAAACAGACCUUUGUGCUUUUUUAAUGCAGUGCUAUUUUCAGCGUCAAUGUUGGCUCAUGUUUGGGCCUUCCUUCUGCCUUCAUCGGUGUAGCUGAUCAUAUGCUAAUCCUUGAGGAAGGCCUGUGGUGGGCGCAAACAUAUGCACUUCAUAAAUAGAACAUAGGUGAUUUUGUCAUGAACUUUCAGUUCCUUUACUGGAGUGUGGGUGUUGUUGAGUUUUAAGCAGAGAAAAAUACUAACAUGCUUUACUCAGGUCUGAACUUAGAGAGAAAUAAGGCUGUAGUUAGAGAAAGAAAAAUACAAAGAAAUGAUUGGUCUGAUAAAAUGUUAUAUCUGAGGAGAUCAGGAAAGAGUAGGUGAGAGGGAUGUUUUUGUGGACUGCUUUAUAAUUGGCAGCAUAUUUAACAUUAAAUCUGGGUUAUUCAUUUCAUGAGAGCAGUUAGCCUGGAGCUGGGUUUAAGCUUAUCUGUGAAAUAGGUGUUGACUAUGAAUUUUGUGACAAAUCAAGUUUUUAAUGUACAUACAUCUGUGUAUGGAAUUAGCUCCAACAUCUAUUUGUACAGUGUAGUUCCUACUUCCCCAACAGGACAAUCUCUCAUGAAUGACAUCUGAAAUAAAAAUGACAACCCUUUAUUUUUGUCUCUAUAUUGAAUUUUGCAUGACUGUAUAUUGUGUUUGGUUUGAAGGCAUUUCUAAAACUGUUCAUGACUGUAUAUUGAAUAUUGCUGCUGGUGAUACACUGCACAUAUUGUUAUUUUUCAUGACAUUUUUUUUGUCUUUCGUUUUUUUGGCAGUUGAUUCUGUGGAGAUAAAUUAAAAAGGCAGUUUACAUUUUA